AAUUAUGCCUCGUCGUCUCAGGUCCUUCAUAAUAAAAUAUUAGGGACAUUUUCUCUUUCCUUGGUGGUUCCCUCGCUUCUUAGCUGCUCCUGCUCUCUACUUUUUGUAUCACUCAGAGAAAAACUUCCAAACUUGUAGUCGAUCCAAAUUCCAUGACCUUAAAUCGCUUAAAAGCCCUAAGUCAUCGCCUUUCUCUGCAAAUCUCACUCUUAAUUUCUCUGUCAUUUUCACCUGUUUUUAGAUCCAUUUUCCAUAAAGGCUUCCUCGAUCUGCAUAGGAGGAUCGUCGUUGUCUUGCUGAGAAAGCCUUUAGAGCCUGAUAUUUUCGCAUUUUCUCGAUAGGAGGGAGUUUGCUCGUGAUCUUGUUUCUCAUCGAGCUGAUUGCUCGAUCUGAUCUCAAAGAGAAGUUAUUGGAGUUAAGCGAAGCUUUUCACCAUGGAUUCAGUAAUGAACCCGUUCUCAUCAGGAACCCGGUUAAGGGAUAUGAUACGAGCUAUACGAGCCUGCAAAACUGCAGCAGAGGAGCGUGCUGUUGUAAGGAAAGAGUGUGCAGCCAUACGUGCAGCAGUAAGUGAAAAUGACCAGGAUUACAGACAUAGGAACUUGGCAAAGCUCAUGUUCAUCCACAUGCUUGGAUACCCCACCCAUUUUGGUCAAAUGGAAUGUCUUAAGUUGAUUGCAUCUUCUGGAUUUCCUGAGAAACGAAUAGGAUAUCUUGGCCUCAUGUUGCUUCUUGAUGAAAGGCAGGAAGUUCUCAUGUUGGUUACAAACUCCUUAAAGCAAGAUCUUAAUCAUUCAAAUCAAUACAUAGUGGGUCUUGCUCUAUGUGCACUUGGAAAUAUUUGUUCUGCAGAAAUGGCACGUGAUCUUGCUCCUGAAGUGGAAAGAUUGCUUCAAAAUAGCAAUCCUAACAUUCGCAAAAAGGCAGCUUUGUGCUCCAUCAGGAUUAUUAGAAAAGUGCCAGAUCUUGCUGAAAAUUUUAUGAAACCUGCUGGAGCUUUUCUUGGUGAAAAACAUCACGGAGUUUUAAUCACUGGUGUUCAACUCUGUAUGGAUCUGUGCAAAGCCAGUUCGGAGGCCCUGGAAUAUCUAAGAAAGCAUACAAAGGAUUUGGUUCGGGUUUUGAAGAACGUUAUUACUAGUGGCUAUACUCCUGAGUACGACAUUUCUGGUAUCACGGAUCCUUUCCUGCAGAUUAGAGUGCUUAGGCUCCUUCGUAUUUUGGGGCAAGGAGAUGCUGAUGCCAGUGAUGUUAUGAGUGACAUUCUUGCUCAGGUUGCAACAAGUACUGAGUCCAACAAAAAUGCAGGAAAUGCUAUACUGUAUGAAUGUGUUGAAACCAUCAUGAGCAUCGAAGCUACUGGAGGGCUCCGUGUACUCGCCAUAAAUAUUUUAGGAAGAUUUUUGUCAAACCGUGACAACAAUAUUCGGUAUGUGGCUCUAAAUAUGCUAAUGAAAGCUAUCACGGUUGAUGGUCAAGCAGUGCAACGGCACCGGACAACGAUUUUAGAGUGUGUAAAGGAUUCUGAUGCUUCAAUCAGGAAGAGAGCCCUUGAACUUCUUUUCCUGUUGGUGAAUGACAGUAAUGUGAAGCCAUUGACUAAAGAACUUAUUGAAUAUCUUGAAGUAUGCGAUCCAGAGUUCAAGGGUGACCUUAGUGCCAAGAUCUGUUCCAUUGUGGAAAAGUUUUCCCCUGAUAAACUGUGGUACAUUGACCAAAUGUUGAAGGUUCUGUCUGAGGCCGGAAAUUUUGUUAAGGAUGAAGUGUGGCAUGCUCUUAUUGUAGUGAUAAGCAAUGCGACUGACCUCCAAGGAUAUACUGUUCGUUCCCUCUAUAAAGCAUUUCAAACUUCAUCUAAUCAGGAAACUCUUGUUCGGGUAGCUGUGUGGUGCAUUGGUGAAUAUGGUGACUUACUUGUCAAUAAUAUUGGCGAGCUUGAUGGAGAGGAGCCCUUGACUGUGACAGAGUCUGAUGCAGUGGAUGUCUUGGAGGCAGCUCUGAAGAGACCCUCAUUCGAUAUCACUACUCGAGCAAUGGCUUUAGUUGCCCUUCUAAAGCUUUCGUCUCGGUUCCCACCUUGUUCGAAGAGGAUCAAAGAUAUCAUUAUUCAGCAAAAAGGGAGCCUUGUGCUGGAGUUGCAGCAACGAUCAAUUGAGUUCAGUUCUGUGAUUCACAAGCACGAGAAUAUCAAAUCUACAUUAGUUGAAAGGAUGCCAGUUCUGGACGAGGCAGCUUUCGUUGGGAAGAGAGCAGUGUCAUCUGCUGCCACACUCUCAUCUGAGAAAUCUAAUAGAAAAUCCUCAUCAGGAAUACCUCUUAAUCUUCCAAAUGGAGUUAGCAAACCCGCUGCAGCUCCUCUUGUGGAUCUGCUUGAUUUAAGUUCAGAUAAUGCGCCAACUCCCAGUGCUUCCACCGGGGACUUCCUUCAUGAUCUUCUUGGUGUGGAUUUAAUGCAGAAUUCACCCAUACAAGGUAUGAGCCAACCCACAACAACUGGCACAGAUGUCUUGUUGGAUCUGUUGUCAAUUGGAACACCUCCUGUACAAAAUAAUUCAUCCCCAAAGCUACCAUCCAGUCCUCAAGUUAAAAUUUUGCCACAACUAUCACCCUUGGGUGUUGCUUCCCCAAAAUUAUCUAAUACUUCAGGAUCAGUGAAAGCGACAAUUCAAGAUACAAAACCUACUUCAAAUGCUCCUCCAGUUAUUGAUUUGUUAGGUGACUUGGGUUCAAAUUCAUCAAUGGCUGAAGAGAAUGUUCCAGAGUAUCCAUCUAUUGUUGGAUUCCAGAGCAGCUCCUUGAAGAUAAUGUUCAGCUUUUCAAAGCAACCUGGACAGCCGCAAGUGACGCAUGUUCAAGCUACUUUUACAAAUCUGUCAUCUAAUGAAUACACACAUUUUAUAUUUCAGGCUGCUGUACCAAAGUUUGUCAUGCUUCGCUUGGAUCCUGCCAGCGGUAACGUUCUUCCUGCAAAUGGCGGUUCAAUCACACAACAUUUGACCCUCGACAAUAAACAACAUCGUCAGAAAGCCCUUGCAAUGAGGAUACGUGUGGCAUACAAAGUUGACAAUCAGGACAUGCUUGAACAAGGACAAGUCAACAACUUUCCUCCGGGUUUAUAAGAGUGCAAAGGUUCAAAAAAUGUGGGAAGAGAGAGAGAGAGUUUUUAUGAAAUGUAGAGUUGUUAUGAGCUGUUUUUCCUCUGUUCAAGAGCGGUAUGGUAUGUGGUUUUGGUCUGUAAGCUUGUGCCGCAUGUGCCAUUCAGCAAUUUCCUGCUGUUGAUGUAUAAUAUAUGUGGAGUCGAAAGCCAUGGCAACUGAGAUCUCAUAGUCACGAGCUCCUCAAUCGACAAAAGAAAUGUUAAAGCAAGUUGUUAUGGUUAGUUUCCAGGAGAGCUGACAGAGAAGUUUGUUUAAGGUCAAGGAUUCUCUUCCCUUUGAGAGGAAGAGACUCCAUUUAAUUUUCUCCAUUUUUCUGUUGUGUUAUUCAUUUGUGAUAUAGUUUGAACUAUUCCCUUGUAAACUGCCAUUUUUUAACUAGUUUCCGGCGUGAGACUAUGAUAUGCUUCCAAUUUGAGUUCUGAUUAGAACUCUCUCUC